AUGGGUUCCAUCGAAUCAGAGGGACUGGAAUCUCGCGAUUACAUCAAAUGGGAUGCUUCAGGAGUCGAAGUAAUUCCUCCAAAUGAACAAGAAGACAUUCAAGCUAUUGCAGACCAAAUCAAUGCCAUACAAAAGGCUCAAUUCAAUACUCAUCGUCAUUGCUUUGGAGGAACACACGCUAGAACUCAAGGACUGGUAAAAGGCUCGUUGGUAGUUGGGAAUUUACCUCCACAUCUUGCCCAAAGCAUGUUCUCCCACCCCAAAACGUAUCCUAUCGUCAUGCGAUAUAGCACCGAACCUGGUGAUCCAGCUCUUGACGAUCGUAUCCCACAACCUCGAGGUCUAGGAAUGAAGGUUUUCAAUGUCGAUGGCGAAAGAUUCGAUGGAAAGGAUCUGAACACACAAGAUAUCGAGUUCAAUAGUACCCCUGCAUUGGAUCUCGCAGAUGCAAAGACGACAAGGGAAAUUAUUGAUCUCAGAAUCAAGUAUGGCGGAAACAAGGCCGAGUUGUACAAGCAUCUAGAGGCUCGCAAGGAUACACAGUUACAAAAGGCUCGCGAUGAGGUCAGAAAUACACAUCUUGAGUCAACACGACAAUACUCGCAAACUGCCUACAGAUUCGGUGACUUUGUGAUCAAAUAUUGCUUAGUUCCAUCAUCCGAAACACAAAAAAAGCUUUAUGAAGAGACUGUCAAGCCGGAUGCUCAUCCAGAUAAUAUCUUGAGUGAAUGGCUUAAAGAAUUUCACACAAUCCAUGAUGCGGAAUAUCUUUUCCAAGUCCAAUUCCUCGAGAAUCUCGAAGACCAACCUGUAGAAUAUGCAGGCAAAGUUUGGGAUCCAGAAAAGUAUCCAUGGCAGACAGUGGCCACCCUCAAAAUCCCCAAGCAAGAUAGCUUUAUAGCUGCAAGGAAGACGUUUUGGGAAGAUCAUAUGAGAUUGGAUCCAUGGCAUGGACUCAAGAGUUUGCAACCUCUUGGAUCACCAAACAGAUUAAGGAGAGUCGUCUAUCCUGCUAGUAGCUCUUACCGUCGUAAGAUGAAUGGGAGGGAGGAAUUGCCUGUUAAUAACAUCGAUUCAAUCCCCGAUGGGGGCUAUGUUGUUGGGGUGCUGUGA